UAAUAGUACUAGUGGUGUAUGGGCUGGUACAUGUCAAAGAAGCAAAGGCUCUCACAUCGGCAAAUGCCGGAUCAGUCUCUUGGUGCAGUGAUUGCUCGGUGUAAAUGGCCCGAAAGCCAAGAAGAGGUCAACGGAUACGAGUGCCUCGAGACGGACAAUAAUAUACUGUGGCAGCCUCCAAAAUAUCGAGACUAAGAGAACAUCUACCGUGGUGUCGCCGAGAAGCAAAUCCAGUCGAUGUCUGGACCGCAGAGGCGAGAUUGGUGACUUGCCUUCUGCCUAUACUGUUGUGGACCUCUGAAAAUAUGCUUCAUUCCAGCCACCAGCUACCGAAUGACUGGGUACAAAAUCGUAUCGGCACAUCGGCAAAUUGGUACAACGCACAGAAGGUUCGAAAGAAGAAGACUAGCGGUCAGAGGCGGGCAGCAAUGUGGAUUGUAUUGUGUUGGCCAUGGCUCCCGUUUAUUGAGUUGUGGGGAGUUUGCCCAGCAUCGCACGCAGGGACCCUGUUCAUGUCCGCCAUCUGGCGUUUGUCGUUGGCAUCCUGACAGCGGGUCAAAGGGCGACAGAGAGCCGCAGAGGAUCAGAGGUACGCAUCCGAAGCAUGUGCAUUUUCAACAUCAGCAAUAUGGAACCGCCCAUGCAGACUUUUCUUUGCAUGGAAGAGUGCCCACGAUCGAGAAAAGUAAGAUGCAUGACAAGGAGGCAAUGGUACGGAGUACUGUGGACGGGAGAACGAAAAAGGAAAUGCAACUGCGCAGAGAGAUCAGGACCAGUGACCUGUACGGAGUACCCCGUAGUAUCAGCUUGAGGAUGCCAUGUUGGCAUUGGCAGAUGUCUAGCGAGGUACUGCCGUACCACCACCCCCUCCGAGAUGUAUUUUCGCCUAGAAAAUUAGUGGCAAGGUACAUGGGGUACCGAGGACGAGACUCGCCGGAACCUGCCAAAAUUUGCACUACUCACUGGCGUCUGGAGGAGGGAUCGGUCUAGACACAGAACCUUUCCCCGUUGAAAACCUCGGUAGAGACACCGUCAAGACUGGUGAGACGAAGCCCUCCCCCGUGCAAGGG